AUGGCCGAUUUAGACGAUUUCUUCGCAAAAAAAGAUCGUAAAAAAUCAAAAGCAGUGAAAAAGUUUGCAACAGCCGAUGAGUUAGCUAAAAAAUUAGAAGACACCAAACAGAAAACCGAAACUAGGCCGAAGAAAGAGCGACCGGCGCAGGAUGGCGAGGAGGCGGGGAAGACCGGAGAAGAAGAAGAAUGGAAGGAGUAUGAAGAACCGGUAAAAGACUACACCGGGCUCAAGAUUCAGGUGCUGCAGGGCGGCAACGGAGCCCCGGAAGCGGGCCGCGAUGCUACUGCUGAGGAUCCCGCUAUGGACAGCACUAAGACCAAGGAGAAGGGUCCAUGGAAUAAACCUAAAACGGCGGAGAGCGAGUCGGCGGCCGCGCCCGCGCCGGUGGAGGCGCCGCAGUCGUCCGCCCGCGACGUCCGGCCCUCCGCCUACGUGCCGCCCGCCUCCCGCCUGCGAGCCGCCGACACCGCGCAGCGCAGGCACCACGCCAAGAACGCGCCGGACAUCCACAACGACGACUACUUCCCGGUGCUGGGCGCGGCGGGGCGGGGGCGCGCGGCGGCGGGCGCGGGGUGGAGCGCGGCGGCGGGGGGCGGGGCGGCGCGCCCGCACCACGCGCCCGCCGCCGCGCUCGCGCUCGGCAACCGCUUCACCUCGCUGCAGGACGACAGCUAGCCUGCCGGUAACAUAAUCAAACUGCUCAGGUUCAGUAAUGUGAAGUGUCGAUAAGGACUUACGCAUCCACAAAUAUAGAUAUACACACGCAAAACAAACAAAGCCGCGCUCCAAACUGUAACUCCUCCCCGGAUAAACUGUUUAAAGUGUUUAUUUGUUUAGUAUUGUUUAAUGUAUGUAUGUUUUUAGAAAAAAAAACACGCUCGCUCAUUAUAUAUAUAUAUAUAUAUAUGUAUAAGUCGGUAUUUAGUAUUUGCAGCUCCGAUCAAUUAUGUAUGCACACAAAAAUAUAUUUGUACGUGUAAUAUCAAUUUUAUGAAUUAGGUUAAUUUGUAUUUGGUGCAAGCUACUCAACAGACUCCUGUUGGUACAGAGACAAAAGAAACAAACAAUUAGCUCUUAACGUCAAAGGCGUAAGGUACAAAAUCUUCUUUCUUUAUUAUUAAUAUUACUAUUAAUAACAGAAGCUUAUCAAUGGCUGUUAAAAAAAACAUGAUACAUUGCCAUUGUCAACUGAAAACAUCUGACUCGAUCCACGCUUGAAUAGCAAAAAAAUAUUCAGUUGAUAUAUAAAUUAGUGAUAACAAUUUCACGUUCGCAGUUUUGAUGGUCAAACGAUGGAUAUUAAUUUUUUUUUAAGUCCUAGCAUAUUUUUUGUAGUGAAUUCUCUGUAAAUGAUCUUUUUGCCACUAUCAUCAUAUUGAAAACUUGAGUGAGCUGAAUAGCAAUGUAUCAGAGAUGUAUUGUUUCAAUUUAACAUUUACAGUAUAUACUGUACACACUGAAAACGUAUAUGUAACAGUUCUUAUGAUGGUUGCUCGUUUAAAAAUUAUAUAUAUUAUAUAAAAUUUGGUCAAAAAUCUACGUAAGUUUUAACUGUUACAAUAAAGGUGUGUUCAAAUUAAUGAAACCGUUGAUAUUUUUGUAUUGUUACCUAAAUGAUGUUUUAACUAUUUAAAUUGCAGUACAUUUAGAGUGAAUUAUAAUUGGAAAUGUUUUAACUGAUUAAACACAGAUCUAUGCUGACUCUAAAAACAAAUUAUUGUUUGGCUGUAUGAUCAGAAUGCCUGUGCGAGAAUGCAAAAGGGAUUAAAAAAUGCGUACGCAUUAAAUGUACCUUUAAUGUUCUUUAUUUUGAACCACAUUGUAUGUUCUCAAAAUAUGACUAUAUAUAUUUCAAAAAGAUGUUUAAAACGGAAGCGCGGUGUAAUAAAAAUUGUUAUUUUUUAUGUUUAUAAAAGAAUAGGUGUCUGUAUGAAUGGUGAACAUGGAUUUAUAAGAUAAAUGAAAACCGAUAAAAGUUAGGAAAAAGUAUUUCGUUUUAAAAAUAGAAAUAUCUAAAAAAAAAUAUGCCAAGACGAUGUACAGUUAUUGGUGUCGAGUUUUGGCGGUAAAAUCAUACUAAACAUGUUGUACCAUACUAAUAAAUUAUGUAUUUAAA